AUGUUCGGAUCUCUUUUUCAAGGUGUUUACGUACCACAAUGGACACAUGUCUUCGGAAAAGGCCACUCUUAUGCUCUCAACGUCGAACACUCUCAGGACGUCCACGGAAAAGGUGCCGUCUUCGGCAACACUGACGUACGAGAACAAUUGUCCCUCAUCGGUUGUGUCGUUGUUGGAUCCCAAGAGAAGGUCCUCGUUGACUUUGGAAACGUCUACAAACUCGUGGGAAAGCUCCAAAGUUUGUUUGUGCACCAAAGAGUUACCGUCCUUGAUUUUGAAAACAAGCAAACACUUGACGUUUUCCACAAACACAGCAAUCAAGUUGGUUCUGAGACGCAAGAUCUUGAAGACAGAGAUCUCACGUUUGGACUCCUCGGUUGCCCAACGUCCCGGGGUAUCGUGGAACGCGGUCAAAUACUUGUCAACGUGUUGACGGAGAUUGGCUUGUGCCAAAAGCUUGUUCUCGUACCAGUUCCAAAGACAGAUGUAGUUGUCCCCACCUCCGGAAACAAGCUGUUCGCCAUCGAUGUUCAAACACAGAGCAAACUCGUGGUGGCCGAAAUCCAGUGCUUGACCACGUACAGCUUGGGUUAG